AUGAUUGGAUUUUACAUUGCGAGCUUGACGUGGGGACUGGCCGAGGCGAAAAGCUUGUGGUCGUCGAGCGCAGCGACUUUCCCAGAUAUCAUCAGGCAAGCAUUUCCCGUGGGGAAUGGAAAACUGGGUGCAUUGCCGUUCAGCGACGGAGGGGUGGAGAAGCUCAGCUUGAACGUCGACUCUCUUUGGUCCGGCGGUCCGUUCGAGGCCAGCAACUACACUGGCGGCAACCCUACGACGGCGAGGUUCGUACAUUUGGCCGGGAUCCAAGACUGGGUGUGGCAGAACGGAACAGGAAACGUCUCUGAACUCUUGGGCAAUUUCGACAACUACGGGUCCUUCCGCGUGCUUGGGAACCUCAGCGUUUCGAUCGACGGCGUCACAUCGUUUUCCGGAGCGUACAACCGCUCCCUUGACCUGGGAGAAGGGAUCCAUCGGACCGAGUUCCAAGACCAAGACGGCAACGCCUUCGUCAGCACCGUCUACUGCAGCUACCCCGACUUUGUCUGUGUCUACGAGCUGCGCGCUCGGGAUGCUCUGCCAUCAGUCACAGUCUCGUUCGAGAACCAGCAAGCGGAUGCCGGACUCAACAGCUUCACCUGCGAGGCCGGCAGGGUCCGAGUGGUUGGCUCGACUCAGGUCGGGCCCCCGGAAGGAAUGAAGUACGAAGCAGUUGCGCAGCUCAUUGGAGGCGCCAACAACGCAUGUAGCAACGGCGCUUUAACCGUGAGCCCUGGGAGAAACGCCUCUCUCCUGACCUUCAUCAUCGCCGCCGAGACAAACUACGACCAGAAGGCGGGCAACGCCGAGAGCAGCUUCUCUUUCAAGGGAGCCGAUCCAGGACCCAAGGUCGAGGCGGUGAUUGCAGCAGCCGCGAACCACUCCAGUGCGCUUCUCCGGCAGCGUCACAUCGACGACUACACCGGCCUCGCGGGCGCUUUCGUCCUGGACCUGCCAGACACGAACAACUCUGUGGGGGUCGAGCUUUCCGAGCUCAUCGACCGCUACAAUGCCACCGAAGCAGGCCUCGGCGAUCCAUACCUCGAGUUGCUGCUGUUCGACUAUGCCAGACACAUGUUGAUCUCUUCUGCCAGGCCGGGCGUGUUGCCGGCGAACCUGCAAGGGAAGUGGAGUCAGACGCUGGAGGGCGCGUGGGCUGUAGACUACCACGGAGACAUCAACCUGGAGAUGAACUACUGGAUAGCCGAUCAGACAGGGCUUGGUGAGCUCCAGGCUGGCCUGUGGGAUUACAUACAAGACACGUGGGUCCCGCGCGGAUCUCAGACGGCCAGGCUUCUGUACAACGCGCCGGGAUGGGUCUUGGACGGUGAAUCGACUGUGUUCGGACACACCGGAAUGAACAGCGACCUCCGCUGGGCGAACUACAUGAUCUCCGGCGUCUGGAUGAUGCAGCAUGUGUACGAUCACUUUGACUACACCGCCAACACCACGUGGUUUUCCAUGCAGGGAUAUCCGCUGAUUCGCGGCAUUGCUGAGUUUUGGCUCUCCCAACUCCAGGACGACCAAUGGUUCGGCGACGGCACGCUCGUUGUGAACCCGUGCAACAGCCCCGAGCAGCCUCCCACGACAUUCGGCUGCACGCAUUACCAGCAGCUCAUCCACCAGGUCCUGACUUAUGUGGAAGCUGCUGGCUCGCUGGGAAUCGAGGCGGAUGCAGCUUUCCUGUCCAAUGCGUCCUCUGCCCUCACCAGGCUCGACACCGGCCUUCACAUCGAUGAGACCUGGGGCGGCAUCAAAGAGUUCAAGGCCCCCACCGAGGUUACCGGCCUGGAUGUUCCUACCGAUACCCAUCGCCACCUGUCACACCUCGUCGGCUGGUACCCCGGCUACAGUGUCGCCUCGAUCCUGUCUGGAUACGGCAAUUCCACCAUCACAGACGCUGUUGCUGCUGCUCUCACCGCCAGGGGCAACGGUACAGGCCCAGAUGCAGACGCUGGCUGGGGCAAAGUGUGGCGCGCCGCAUGCUGGGCACGUCUCAACAACACCGACAAGGCUGACGCGGAGCUGCGGUAUGCCAUUGCCAGGAACUUUGCGGGCAAUGGCUUCAGCAUGUACAGCGCACACGACACGCCCUUCCAAAUCGAUGCCAACUUCGGGCUUGCAGCGGCGAUGCUCAGCAUGUUGGCGGUUGACUUACCCGCCUUCUCGGGAGAGGCAAAGGCCGUGGUGCUGGGCCCGGCCAUCCCUGCUCGUUGGGGUGGCGGUAGCGUCAAGGGAUUGAGGUUGAGAGGCGGAGGUGAGGUUGACUUCAAAUGGGACGCCGAUGGCUUGGUCACCGAGGCAGUCUUGGCCGGAAGGACUGCAGGCAUUGUGGUUGUGAACCGGGACGGAGGGAUCCUAGCGAAAGCCUGA